CACUGCUUGCUCUGUAUCUCUCUUAUCCAAUCUCUUUUAUAUGCAACCAGAAACAGAACUGCUAGGAAUCCAAAUCCAAAAAAGCAGCUGCCAUGAAACCACUUCAAAAUCCGCUUCUUUUAAUUUUUCUAUGCCUUUUCUCUCUUUCCUUGCACACAUCAGCAACAUCAUCAGCAUCAGCUGCAACAGAAGCAGAAGCUCUCAUCAAAUGGAAAACCAGCCUAACUUUCCAUUCUCUCAAUUCAUGGUCCAUCACCAAUGCCAAAAAUCUCUGCCAUUGGAUCGGCAUCCGCUGCCACCACAACUCUUCCACUGUUGUCAAAAUAAAUCUCCCCGACUCCGAUCUCAACGGCACUCUCGAUGAAUUCGACUUUUCAUCUCUUACCAACCUCACCCACCUCGACCUCAGUUUAAACAACCUCCACGGUGGGAUCCCACCCAACAUCUCUGCUCUCUCGAAACUCACCUACUUGGACUUCAGCAGCAACUACUUCUCUGGACAAGUCCCACCCGAUAUAGGAAGCCUCUCAGAGCUCAUCGAACUCCGUCUCUCCGAGAACAGCCUCACAAGCCCAAUCCCGCACCAGCUUCUCAGCCUCCAAAAGGUACGGCACCUCUCACUCUCCUUCAACAAGAUAUCAUCGGAAUUCCCGCCAUUCAUUCUCAGUUGCAGGAAUCUGACAUACCUUGAUCUUAGAGCCAACUCGUUUAGCGGACCGAUUCCCACCGAUCUUUCUAAACUUCCUGGGCUCAAAGUCCUCCUACUGGGGAAGAAUAGAUUCACCGGCACAAUCCCACCACAGCUGGGAUCAAUCUCAAGUCUCCGUGCCCUCGAACUUAAUGAAAACCUGUUAGGUGGACAAAUUCCGUCUUCUCUAGGUCAUCUACGAUCACUUCGACGGCUCAGUCUCAACAGCAAUGGAUUGAAUUCUACCAUCCCCUCUGAGCUCGGCUUCUGUGCUAACCUUGUCUUCGUAGAUCUCUCUAUAAACAGCCUCACAGGCAUCUUACCUCCUUCUCUGUCCAAUCUAACCAAGAUAUCUGAGCUCGGGAUCUCAAACAAUAAGCUCUCAGGCGAGAUUUCACCUUACUUAAUCACCAAUUGGACGGAGCUGGUCUCAUUGCAGUUACAGAUCAAUGAACUCAAUGGAAGGAUCCCGCCUGAGAUCGGCGGAUUGUCCAAGCUCAAAAUCCUUUUCCUCUAUCGGAAUAAGCUCUCAGGUCCGAUCCCACAUGAGGUGGGGAACUUAAGGAACUUGUUAAAUUUAGACCUUUCCGAUAACACGAUUACCGGUCAGAUCCCACCAAGUUUAGGAAACCUGAAACAGCUCAAGAUCUUGAAUCUCUUCUCCAACAAUCUCACAGGAAACCUCCCACCUGAGAUAGGAAGCAUCGCAUCCCUACAACACCUUGAGCUUCACACCAAUCGGUUGCAAGGUGAGCUGCCGAAAACCAUCUCUUACCUCAAAAAACUGAAACUCUUCUACAUCUACACCAACAACUUCUCCGGCAGCAUUCCGAAAGAUUUUGGGCAGAAGAGUUCCCUGGUCAAUGUCAGCUUCUCCGACAACAGCUUCUCUGGCAAACUGCCACCAUCGAUAUGCAGUGGACUCUCCCUCAUGCGUUUCACGGUGAAUGGAAAUAAUUUGUCGGGUCCGUUGCCGAAUUGCUUGCGAAAUUGCUCGAAUUUAAUCAGAGUGCGGUUCGAAAGGAAUCGUUUUACAGGGGACAUCUCGAAGGCAUUCGGAGUCCAUCCGAAACUAGGGUACGUCGAUCUCACCGGGAAUCAGUUCACAGGCGAGCUUUCACCUGAGUGGGGAGAAUAUAACGCACUCACUAAGUUGCAUAUAGCAGAAAACAGAAUUUCAGGCAAAAUUCCAAGAGAGCUUGGGAACCUUACUCAACUGCAAGAUCUGAGCCUGUCCUCAAAUCGCUUGACAGGAACCAUGCCUCCUGAACUGGGUAACUUGAGUAUGCUAUUCAAGCUUAAUUUGAGCAACAACCAGAUAUUAGGCAAUAUCCCUUUCAAGAUUGCCGACUUAUGUGAGCUCCAAGAUCUCGAUUUGUCAGCAAACAUGAUUACUGGCAGUAUUCCUGAAAACCUUGGAGAUUUCAUUCGCUUAAUAAAUCUGAAUUUAAGCCAUAACCGAUUAUCAGGAGAGAUACCGUUUCAGCUUGGCAAUUUGGUUUCUUUGCAGUCACUUCUAGACCUCAGCAGCAAUUUUCUAUCUGGGGUGAUCCCUGAGAACCUGGGGAAGCUAACAUCACUCGAAAAUCUCAAUCUCUCUCAUAACAAUCUCUCAGGCAGAAUUCCAUCGGCGUUGUCUAGGAUGAUUAGUUUACAAUCUGUCGACUUGUCAUAUAACAAGUUAGCGGGUCCCAUCCCAGACACCAAAGCAUUCCAAGAUGCUUCAUCGGACGCAUUCAUCGGGAACUCCGGCUUAUGCGGUGAUGAUGCCAAAGGAGUGCCCCCUUGUUCUACUACUUCCCACGGCAGUUGGAAACUGAAGAAUCACAUGAAGAUCAUCUUACUCGUCACCAUCCCAAUUGCCACCAUUACGUUACUAGCGACCGCCAUCUUAGUAUUACUUCUAAGUAGGAAACCAGUGCGAUCAAUGGCCAAGAUCGAGAGUCCCAAGGAAGAGACAAUCCAAGUCUCGAUAUGGGAAAGAGAAGGCCGAUUCACGUUCAAUGACAUCGUAAAAUCAACUGAUCGCUUCGACGAGCGUUACUGCAUUGGGAGAGGCGGGUUCGGGAGUGUCUACAAAGCAGAGUUGCCAACGGGUCAGAUUGUCGCAGUGAAACGCCUCCACAUAUCGGAUUCGGGCGACGUCCCGGCCCACAACAUGAGGAGUUUUGAGAAUGAGAUCCGAGCAUUGACGGAGAUCAGGCACAGGAACAUAGUCAAAUUGUACGGCUUCUGUUCGAGCAACGGGCGCUUGUACUUGGUGUAUGAGUAUAUGGAGAAGGGUAGUUUGGGAAAAGUGCUAUACGGAGAGGAAGGGAGUGGGAAGUUGGAUUGGGUGACGAGGGUGAAAGUUAUCCAAGGGCUGGCGCACGCUAUCUCCUACAUGCACCAUGACUGCUCGCCUGCUAUUGUGCAUCGGGACAUAUCGGUAAAUAACGUGUUGUUGGAGGCCGGAUAUGAAGCUCGGCUAUCCGAUUUCGGAACUGCGAGGCUGCUGCGCGCUGACUCGUCCAACUGGACUACUGCUGCCGGGUCUUAUGGCUACAUGGCCCCAGAGCUUGCUUACACAAUGAAGGUUACAGAGAAAUGCGAUGCAUAUAGUUUUGGUGUGGUAGCACUGGAGGUUUUGAUGGGUGCACACCCAGGGGAGCUCAUCACCUCCCUAUCAUCAUCAUCAACAUCAUCCAAUGCCCAAGAUGCAUUGUUGAAAGAUGUACUGGAUCAACGUCUUCCGCCCCCGACUGGCCAGUUGGCAGAGGAGGUGGUCUUCACGGUUAAGAUGGCCCUUGCAUGCACGAAGGCCAACCCUGAGUCACGGCCCGCAAUGCGUUUCGUGGCGCAAGAGAUGUCUGCUCACACCCAGGCGUAUCUAUCUGAGCCCUUCCGCACCAUUACCAUCAGUGAGUUGACCAGCUUUCAGAAGUGAGCCUACAUUCUCUCUUGGGUGCAAAGAUUA